GCAGGAUGCUUCUCCUUAAAUCCUUUUGCGUCGGCUUCCGCCUCUCACGCCGUGGGCCAAUCCACCUACUCCACCGCUCUCGCCGCCGCUGCCGCCUCCUCCUCUCCGUCCUCCCUCAGGCCGCCAUGGGUUCUGUGGCCGGCGACACCGCCCGCCUGUCCUACCCGCCGGCCCGCCGCGACGAUUCCGUCGUCGACAUGUACCAUGGGGUCCCUGUUGCCGACCCUUACCGCUGGCUGGAGGACCCAGAGUCGGAAGAUACCAAGGAAUUCGUGGCCAGUCAGGCGGAGCUAGCGGAGUCUGUGCUCGCCGGCUGCGCCGACAGGGAGAACCUUCGCGGUGAGGUCACUCGCCUCUUCGAUCAUCCCCGCCACGGGGUGCCGUUCCGCCGCGGGUACAAGUACUUCUACUUCUACAACUCCGGACUUCAGGCCCAGAGCGUGCUCUACGUGCAGGAUAGUUUGGAUGGGGAGGCAGAGGUUCUUCUGGAUCCAAAUACACUAAGCAAGGAUGGGACAGUGGCUCUUUCAACAUAUUCUGUUAGCAAGGAUGGCAAGUACAUUGCUUAUGGCCUAAGUGAAAGUGGCAGCGAUUGGGUCACUAUUCAUGUCAUGAAUGUUGCUGAUAAAGAACCAUUGUCUGACAAAUUGUCUUGGGUGAAAUUCACAUCUAUCAGUUGGACCCAUGAUGGGAAAGGUUUUUUCUAUGGUCGAUAUCCUGCACCCCGAGAAGUAGAAUUGGAUGCUGGAACUGAAACAAACAUUAAUCUUAAUCAUGAGAUAUAUUACCAUGUGGUGGGGUCGGAUCAAUCAGAGGAUAUAUUGUGCUGGAAAGAUCCUGAACAUCCUAAGUAUACCUUUGGUGUGUCGGUCACAGAGGAUGGAAAGUACAUCAUACUAGGUAUUCAUGAAGGUUGUGAUCCUGUCAAUAAGCUGUACUACUGCAAAAUUUCUACUCUUGCUCAAGGGAUAGAGGGUUACAAAGAAUCCAAGGAGAAUCUUCCAUUUGUCAAGCUUAUAGACAACUUCGAUGCCCAAUAUGAAGUUGUGGCAAAUGAUGGUGAUGAAUUUACAUUUUUGACCAAUAGAAAUGCUCCUAAGAACAAGCUUGUAAGAGUAGAUAUCAAGAAGGAAGAAUUGUGGACUGAUAUUCUUCCUGAGCAUGAAAGAGAUGUGCUUGAGUCAGCUGAUGUGGUUAAUGGUAACCAGUUAUUGGUGUGUUAUAUGUCAGAUGUUAAGCAUAUACUUCAGAUAAGAGACCUUGUAACUGGGAACUUGCUUCAUAAGUUGCCUCUAGAGAUUGGUUCUGUUUCAGAGAUCUCCUGUAGACGGGAAGACACAGAAGUCUUUAUUGGCUUCACAAGCUUUCUUUCCCCUGGUAUUAUUUACAGGUGUAACCUCACAGCUGCAAUCCCAGAAAUGAAGAUAUUUCGUGAAAUUUUGGUUCCUGGAUUUGAUCGAACAAAAUUUGAGGUUAAGCAGAUUUUUGUCAAUAGUAAGGAUGGAACCAAGAUUCCCAUGUUCGUAAUGUCAAACAAAGAUAUUGAACUUGAUGGGUCACAUCCAACUUUGUUAUAUGGUUAUGGUGGAUUCAACAUAAGUCUUACUCCUUCUUUCAGUGUUAGUCGUGUUGUUUUAUGCAAGAACAUGGGUUUUGUUGUCUGUGUUGCAAACAUUCGGGGAGGUGGAGAAUAUGGGGAAGAGUGGCACAAAGCUGGAGCACUCGCAAUGAAACAAAACUGUUUUGACGACUUCAUUGCCUGUGCUGAACUACUCAUUUCUGCUGGUUAUACUAGUUCCAGGCAGUUAUGUAUUGAAGGUGGAAGCAAUGGUGGUCUUCUGAUUGCUGCUUGUGUUAAUCAGCGGCCUGAUCUCUUUGCGUGUGCUCUUGCUCAUGUUGGUGUAAUGGACAUGCUCCGUUUUCACAAGUUCACUAUUGGUCAUGCCUGGACUACAGAUUAUGGUUGUUCAGAUAAUGAAGAAGAAUUCCACUGGCUUAUCAAAUAUUCUCCCCUUCAUAACGUGAGGAGACCUUGGGAGCAAAGUUUUGGUAGCGGUUGUCAGUAUCCAGCAAUCAUGCUGUUGACUGCUGAUCACGACGAUCGUGUUGUGCCAUUGCACUCGUUGAAGUUGUUAGCAACAUUGCAGUAUGUCUUGUGCACUAGCAUUGAGGACCCACCACAGGUCAAUCCGAUUAUUGGUCGCAUUGACCGCAAGUCAGGGCAUGGAGCUGGCAGACCAACUAAAAAAAUGAUUGAUGAGGUCGUGGAUCGAUAUAGCUUCAUGGCAAACAUAUUAGGUGCUUCAUGGACGGAAUGAUUGAUUUUGUCCUUCAUAAGGCGGAGAUGGUGAGUAGUGGUCAAUGCAAUGGUGCAUGCAAUCCCAUAAAAAAGGCCCCCUUUGGAACGAAGGAUUUGUGGAUGAAUUGUGUAGUGUUCAAAUCCUAUAAAAAUACUCUUGUUUGGUCCUUUGGAGCGAAGGAUUGAAUCCUUCAAAAUCAAAUGAAAUUCCUUUGAAAUGGCUCAAUGCAUGAAUAUUGUAUAAAGGAAAGUUAGCAUGAGUUUUAACUUUUUGGAAAAUUUCCUUUUGAGUCUCUCCGCAAAUUGCUGUUUUUUUUUUCUUCCUUUGGCCUAUUCAAACGAUCGAUUGUAUUUAUUCUUUUCAAAUAAAGGAGCCCAAAACAAACCCUCCAGACAAACAUGUGUUCUUGUAAUUUAAUUAUAAUUUUAAUG